AUGCCUCCAGGAAGAGAUCCUCAUUACAGGCUCGUGUCUCCUUCCCAGGCUUCCCAGCAGCCCACCACCAUCCUACAGCAGCUCCCUGCUGCCACGUCAUCUCCCACUCCUUCCACCGGGCCAGCACAUGUCAAGCAGGGUGCCAACCUGGUGGAGCUGAUGAUGAUCCAGAAUGCCCAGAUGCACCAGGUCAUCAUGAACAACAUGACCAUGUCAGCCCUCAGCUCAUUUGGCUAUUCCCAGCCCCAGCUCCACCCUCCGUCUACCUCUGAGGAGGAUCCAGAGGUGUACCAUUACCAGACUACCAGCCUACCUGGCUUACCCAACCUGCUAGCACCCUACCCACACAGAGACACCAUCAGGAGGGCGGUCCCACCUCCUCCCCCACCCAGAGCUACCAGGACUGUGGGGGCUGACGUCCCUCCAGCAACAGAUUACUAUGAGGCUACGGAGAGAAGACAGUGA